AUGCCACCAGCUGAAAUGAACAAUCAAACAUUUGUCACUGAACUCAUCUUCUUAGGAUUUUCCAACCACCCCAACCUACAGGGCUUGUUCUUCUUGAUAUUUCUGGUCAUUUAUCUGAUAACUCUCCUGGGGAACACACUCAUAAUAACAGCUACUAGGAUCAGUGCUGCCCUGCAUACUCCAAUGUACUAUUUCCUCAGCAACCUAAGUUUCUUGGACAUCUGCUAUACUUCGACCACUGUCCCGGUCAUGCUGGUGAAUUUCUUCCGGGAGAAGAAGACAAUCUCCUAUGAUGGCUGCCUCUCCCAGAUCUUCUUCUUAGUGACUUGUGCUGGCACUGAGGGUGUUUUAUUGGCAGCUAUGGCUUAUGACCGCUACGUCGCCAUUUGUCACCCUCUUCGGUAUCCAAUCCUCAUGAGUGUGAAGGUGUGUGUCUGUUUGGUGAUUGGGUCCUGGCUGUGUGGCUUGGUGAAUUCUGUGACCCACACAGCCUUGGCAGCCACACUCACGCUGUGUGGGCCCAAUCAGAUCAGCCACUUUCUCUGUGACAUCCCACUGAUCCUGAAGCUCUCCUGCUCAGACACCUCUCUCAAUGAAUCUGUGCUCCAUGUGGCCAGUGCCACCAUUGGCCUGAGCCCCUGCCUGUUUACUGCAGUGUCCUACACACUCAUCAUUGCUGCCAUCCUCAGGAUUCCCUCUGCUCAGGGCAGGAGCAAGGCCUUUUCGACUUGUGCCUCCCACCUCACUGUGGUGGUGGUCUUCUUUGGAACAGCCAACUUCAAUUAUGACAGACCUGACAUAGGUAACAACCUGGACAUGGACAUUCUAGUCUCUGUGCUCUUCUGUGUCGUGACCCCCAUGUUUAACCCCAUCAUCUAUAGCUUGAGAAACAAGGAGGUCAAAGGCGCUUUGAGAAAGCUCACAGAUGGAGACUCCUUGGUAAGAACAGUGAUUAAAUAG